UCCUAAAGUAGCUGAAUCCUUGACAAUUUCAUCUUGUCCUUGGUACGAGCCAUUGGAACAAGUGGUCUCGGAGAGUUCUAUAAUCUCAACAGGCCGGUGUGCCUUUUUCCCAUAUUCUGAGCAAUAUGGAAUAGGGAACAAGAACAACAACAAAACCGGCAAUUUUGGGAUAUAAGGAAUGACAAGAACAGGUGAAUAAGAAAUAGUAGUUAACAAUAAUUAUAAUUUUUUUUUGUCAAAAAAAAAAAUUCUUAAUAGCUAAUAAUGGAUGGCCAAAUUUCAAGACUUGUCAGUGGACAAAGUACUCAAGUCUGGAGACGUUUUAAUAAACCUUACACACACUUUCUGGAACUACUGAUCCUGCUGGUUCUCUGUUUUUCCGGAACAUAUAGUGCAAAUGUAGCUCUGCCACCAGGCUCCGUUGAUCUCCUCGAGGCAGUGAACAUUCAAAGUCACACUGGCAAAGCAGACAACAUUGUAGCUGAUACAGGCUUCUGUCCACAACGGGUACAAUCAGAUAAGGGUGAUCCAGAGAAGGGUGUCCCUGAUGUGGCAUACUAUUUUAGUGCUGAUUCCAACUUGCUUAGUGUUAAAGCUGAGGAUGUCUUCAAAGGAGGUUUUCCAGUAAACUUUUCCAUCUUAGCCACAUUCAAAGCUGAUGUUGGAAACACUGCUAAUUUAUUUACACUUUAUCACAAUGAUGAUGCAAGGGAGCAGCUAUCACUGAAGGUUGGUUCUGAGAUCCGACUGCUUUACAGUGACACCGAGAAAUCUCCAGAGCCUGAGUAUUAUCCAACUCUGAAGAUUAACCUGACCGAUGGCGAAUGGCAUCGUAUCGGAUUCAGUGUGAAAGGUGAUGCUGUCACAUUCAUCUUCGACUGUGAACAGGACAAGACUUUCCACUUGCCACGAAAGUCCAAUCUUGACCAUCAUGGUUUGGUUGUUAUUGGUAACCAACUGCUAGAAAGUGAAUACUACAGUGGAGCCAUUCAAGAUUUGUUGAUCGUCAAUGAUUCUGCAGCUGCCUACGACCACUGUCAAUACUACUGUCCAAGCUGCAAUAGAGCCUUUCAAAGUCGCAGCUUUGGUAUCUCAACAGACAUUGAAGCAGCUGGUGCAAAUGCUGCAACUACUAAUGUGGUUUCGGUUCCAGAUGAUGGAUCUGGUGAAAGUACAUAUGAAACGAAUUACAGGGUAUAUUAUGGACCUAGAGGAUCCCCAGGCCCCAGAGGACCACCUGGUAAAAGUGGAGUCAAGGGAGAUUCGGGAUAUCCUGGUCGUGAUGGUCUCCCAGGUGCAAAUGGAUUACCUGGGCCCCCUGGACACGUAUUCAUUAUACCUUUGAAUUGGGAUGCUACAAAAGGUCCAAAUAACCAAGCUGAUAAUUUGAGGUCAAUGCUUAGUCAACAUAUGUUAGCUAUGAGGGGAUCCCCUGGCGCACAAGGUAUGUCUGGUAUUCCGGGUCCACCUGGAUCAACUGGUCUAGAUGGUUCUAAAGGAGAUCCUGGAGUUCCUGGUGAAGAAGGUCCAGCUGGUCCUCCAGGAGUACCUGGUAUAACUGGUUCGCCCGGCCAAAGAGGCCGACCUGGAAGAGAUGGAGAAAGAGGUAUAUCAGGUCCACCUGGUGACAAGGGACUUUCAGGAUUUCCGGGACUACCUGGACUACCUGGUCAGAAGGGAGAUAGAGGCUUAGGUGGUCCACAAGGACCUAUUGGUUUAACUGGACACGAAGGCCCACAAGGUGAACAAGGAGUGCAAGGACCUGUAGGUGCUCCAGGUGAAAUGGGACCAAGAGGUUUCAUGGGACCACGCGGCCCUCCAGGACCUGUUGGUCAACCUGGUUUACCUGGCGCUGAAGGUUCUGUUGGACCAAAAGGAAAUCAAGGAUCACGGGGACCUCAUGGUGCACCAGGUGCCUCUGGCCCACAGGGAGCAAGUGGUCCACCUGGCCCAACUGGACCUUUGGGACCACCUGGUAUUGGUGGGCCACAAGGGAAACCUGGUCUACCUGGUCUACCAGGGCCAAUUGGUCCACCUGGACCUAUUGGAAUUACUGGUGAUGUUGGAAUGAAAGGUGAAACUGGUUCAAUUGGACCUCAGGGAGUUAAUGGGUACCCAGGAUCACGGGGAGUUAAGGGAGACAGAGGUUUAAGAGGUUCUUUGGGAGACAAGGGAGAUGUGGGAUCAUUUGGACUGGAUGGAGAAAAGGGUGACUUUGGUAGGAGAGGGGACAAGGGAAGAAAAGGAGAAAUGGGACCAAUGGGAAUUGAAGGAAUUGAAGGAAAGAAGGGUGAAUAUGGACCACCUGGUGAGACUGGAUCAGCAGGCCCACCUGGAGAAAAGGGACGCAUCGGAAUCCCUGGCUUCCCAGGAUACCCAGGCCCACCUGGAGAAAAGGGUGAGCGUGGUGUGGUUGGAAGACGAGGAAAACGAGGCAGCAAAGGAAAGGGUGGUUUGCUUGGACCACCUGGAGAGAGAGGUGAGCGUGGACCAAAUGGACAACGAGGAGAGAGAGGUGCCAGAGGUAUUCCUGGACCUACUGGUCCUAAAGGAGAUGACGGUCAACCUGGUCCACCAGGAUUCCAAGGAGAACAAGGUAUUCAAGGAAUUCCAGGCCCUAAUGGACCACCCGGACCAACUGGACCCUCUGGUCAUCCAGGCAAAGAUGGUUCCAUAGGAUUCCCAGGCGAAAGAGGAGAAAUCGGUCCACCAGGCCCACCUGGAGCUGUUGGUCCUGUUGGUGUGAUGGGUCCAACUGGCCCACCUGGAGAUGUCGGACCACCAGGAGAUCCUGGACCACCUGGAAAUCUUGGCCCACCUGGAGAUACUGGUCUACCUGGAGAUGCUGGAACCCCUGGAGAAGCUGGACCCCCUGGAAACCCUGGACCUGAUGGCCCUGUUGGACCUUCAGGAGCCCCUGGAUUCCCUGGUGACAGAGGUUUACCAGGUCCACCUGGCAAAGAUGGCAAAUCUGGAGAGCCAGGUAUCCCUGGUCCACGCGGACCCACAGGUGACAAAGGAGAACGAGGAGAAAUUGGCAAACCUGGUGACCGAGGUGUUCCAGGACGAAGAGGCUUAAUUGGUUCUCAAGGACCCCGAGGAUUGAAAGGAGAUCCAGGACCUGAAGGUAAUCCUGGUGAUGCUGGACCUGCUGGGCCUCAGGGUCCAAGAGGUUAUCCUGGACCAGCCGGACCUGUUGGAUCACCUGGAGAAGAAGGAGACAAGGGAGACCUUGGACCUGCAGGAGAACGUGGUCUCAAAGGAGAUGAAGGUGGCAUGGGACCAAUUGGACCACAAGGACCAACAGGUUUGCAAGGAGCACCAGGACCACCAGGACCACCAGGUGAAUUUGGUUCCCCAGGUGUUCAAGGACCAACAGGCCGUAAAGGUAGCGAUGGUCCACGUGGAUUAAGAGGUCAAACUGGAACUCCAGGACUUCAGGGUAAUCCAGGACUUCCAGGAGAAAAAGGUGAAGCUGGAGAUCAAGGACCUAAGGGCCCACCUGGACCUGCCGGACCCACUGGACCACCAGGAACAAGUGGCCCCAUGGGACCACCUGGUGUAGCUGGAAAUACUGGCCCUCAAGGACCAUUGGGAGAGAAAGGCGCCCCUGGUCCCUCAGGACCUCCUGGUAUACCCGGUAAAGAAGGAGAAGUUGGUCUUCCGGGUAAUAUUGGACAAAAAGGAGACAUGGGUAAGACAGGUCUGCAAGGAAAAGUUGGUACCAGAGGACCACGAGGCCCUGAUGGACCAAAAGGAGAACCUGGUGUUGUUGGCUAUCCUGGACCACCUGGACCACUCGGUAACGCUGGUGCAAAGGGUGAAGCAGGCCGACCUGGUACUGAUGGAAAAGAUGGACCACAAGGACCUCUUGGACCACCCGGUUCCCAAGGUGAAACUGGAUUACCAGGUUUAACAGGAAAACAGGGACCAGCUGGUAGCCCUGGACUUCAAGGAGUUGCUGGAGAAAUUGGCAAGAAAGGUGACCGUGGUCUUCCUGGACCUAGGGGACAGCAAGGCCCAUCAGGACCUCCAGGACCACUUGGACCAGUAGGAAACAAGGGACUUCGUGGACAACCAGGACCAGUGGGUGAGAGUGGACCUAUUGGACCAGCAGGUGAACCUGGAAUGAAAGGAUUGCCAGGACCCAGAGGCCCAGCAGGACCUAAAGGAGAUUCUGGAGUGAAAGGUGCCAAGGGUCAUCAAGGACAAAUUGGAGAUUUAGGAUCACCAGGACCUAUCGGACCCAAAGGAGAACCAGGAAAGAGAGGCCGACCUGGAAAGAGAGGAAAUAAAGGACCAACGGGACCACCUGGACCUGAAGGACCACCAGGAGCAGAUGGACCAUCUGGACCACAGGGAUUGGAAGGACCACCAGGACCUAAAGGAGAAAGUGGAAUGACAGGACCCAAAGGAGAACAGGGACAUGCUGGACCAGCUGGACCGCCAGGAGCUCCUGGAGAAGCUCAGGCCAUUCCUGUUGACUACUUGGGUGGCAGACCAAGACACCAGAAGAGAAAGAAGAAGAAGAAGAGGAAGAAGCGAUCACUUGACAGUAAAAAUACAGAUGCGGAUGAGGAUGAUGACGCUAUUGAUGGAUUGAAACAAGUAGAAGGAAUAAUUAAGGAAAUGGCCAACCAGAAGAUAACCAUCAAAGAAGGUCUGGAGGAUGUGGUUAAUAAAAUGUUUGAAGAAAUUGAUCAGCUUGCAGAAGAAAUCGAAAAUUUCAAGUUCCCGAAAGGAACGAAAGAAAAUCCGGCAGUCUCAUGUAGAGAUAUUUAUCUAGGACAUCCUACCUUCCUAGAUGGAUGGUAUUGGAUUGAUCCUAACAUGGGUGCUCUAAAUGAUUCAAUCCAUGUAUGGUGUAACCUGACGGCCCAUGGAGAGACCUGUGUCUAUCCUCUGAGGAAGACAAGAAUGGUUAUACCAAGAAAAUGGGACAGAGAUAAAAAAGAACUGAAAUGGUUCAGCGAUAUUGAAAAUGGAUUUAAGAUUGAAUACAGUUCCCAUGUACAAUUAGGUCUCUUGCGAUUAAACAGCAACUUUGUUACACAACGCUUCACUUACUUCUGCUCGAAUUCUGCGGCCUGGUAUGACCAGGAUUCUCAAGGAUUUGAACACGCGCUGACUCUACUAGGAAGCAGCGCGCAUGAGUUUGAGUCGAGAGAUCUUGUAGGUAGUGCAGUGCCGUUUGAUGGCUGCAAGAGCCACCGGACAAACACGUAUACAAUGUUUGAGAUUCGCACUCACAAAUUGAAUUGGCUACCAAUUGUAGAUUUUAUGCCAAAAGAUUACGGUGAACCUUGGCAACAGUUUGGAUUUGAAGCUGGACCUGUCUGCUUUAGCUAAAUUCUUUACUCCCCACCCAUUUCCUUUUUUUUCGCAUGGGAUUUCGUUCCAACACACAGUCUGGUUUUGUUUGUUUUUGUUUUUGUUUGUAUUUUUUUUUUG